AUGCCUGUUCUCAAAGUGAUCAAGCAACAAAACUUAUUGGAGCAAGUGGCCAGAACUGGCACUAAAUUGAAAUCUGGAAUCUUGGCUUUGGAAAAAGACCAUCCGAAUAUUUUGAACUCUACGAGAGGCCGGGGGUCGUUUUUGGCUGUCAACGCUGCCAACGCUAAGUUGAGGGAUAGUAUUGUGACUAAAUUGAAAAACAAAGGUGUUAUUGUUGGAGGCUGCGGGGACCAUUCCAUUAGGCUUAGGCCUUCUUUAACUUUCCAAGAACAUCAUGCUGAUAUACUUUUGGAUAAGUUAACACAAGUUCUGAACGAAGUUAAAUAAAAAUAGUAUAAUUCUG